CUUGACGAAAAAAAAUAAGCUAGAAUUAUCUCUCGCGUGUGUAAGAACCGGCCAAUCUUGACCUAACGCCCGGCCGUACGACGCAAACUGCAAUUCGCUUGCGCUGAGAUCACCACUCGCUCACGAUCAGUCGUAGUGAGCAGAACGUUUGUGUUUGUUGCCCGCUGUUUGACGAGUGUUUGGCACGGUUUUUGGCGUGGUGCUUCAGCUGUCGACUCCAUCUGUGUGUCCUUGAACGAACAACGCUGUAUCUUCAUUUCGCAACAUUUUUAUAUUUCAACUUUCUAUACACUUUUUUGUGACGGCAUUUAUAAGUCUGCGUUUUACAAACGGUUCGUUAGCCAUGCUUUCAACGCUCGGUAGUUACAUUUGGGGCAGCUCGGAAGCUGAUAGUCCUCUAACGGAAAUCACCUUUACAAUCAAUGGGAAACCGUACACUGUUGACCCCCGAACGGUUCCGGUCGAUACCUCUUUGAAUACCUUUAUCCGGAACCAUGCUCAUCUGACCGGUACCAAGUUCAUGUGCCUGGAAGGUGGAUGUGGUGCUUGCAUCGUAAACGUAAACGGUAUCCAUCCGGUGACGAAGGAGAAAAAAUCAUGGGCGGUCAAUUCGUGCCUGUAUCCUGUCUAUGCAUGUCACGGACUGGAUGUGAAAACGGUCGAAGGUAUUGGCAACCGGAAAGAUGGAUACCACCCCAUUCAGCAACGAUUGGCCCAUCUGAAUGGUACGCAGUGUGGCUACUGUUCACCCGGCAUGGUGAUGAACAUGUACAGCCUGAUGGAAGCGAACCACGGUGCGAUCUCGAUGGAAGACGUGGAAAAUGCUUUCGGUGGUAACAUUUGCCGCUGUACCGGGUACCGGCCCAUACUGGACGCGUUCAAAUCGUUGACGGUCGAUGCAGACGAAAAACUGCUCGACGCCUGCCAGGACAUUGAGGAUCUUACGAAAACGUGCCCGAAAACGGGAAGUCCUUGUGCGGGCAAGUGCAUUUCGGCGAAGGAUCGUAUCGAUCCAAAGCGUCCGGUGAAGCUAGUGUUUGAGGACGAUAAGGAGUGGCAUCGUGUCACGCAAGUGGCUGAUAUUUUUGCAGUUUUCGAACAGAUCGGUAGCAAACCUUACAUGCUGGUAGCUGGCAAUACCGCUCACGGUGUCUACCGACGAAGUCCAUCGCUACAGGCAUUCAUCGACAUCAAUGCUGUUGAGGAGCUCCAUACGCAUUCCUCCGACAACAACGAGCUGGUCGUCGGAGCAAACGUUUCCCUCACGGAAUUCAUGCAAAUACUGGAUGCAACCGCAAAUAAAUCGCCAAACUUUUCACACUUCAAACAGCUGGAGCAACACAUCGAUCUGAUCGCAAACGUCCCGGUACGCAGUGCCGGAACGAUCGCGGGCAAUUUGAGUAUUAAAAACCAACAUCAUGAGUUCCCAUCCGAUAUGUAUCUGUUGCUGGAAACGGCUGGUGCAAAACUGACAAUUCUUGAAGCCGGUGGUAAAUCAAGUCUCGUUACACCGGCCGACUUUGUCCAGCUGGACAUGCAGAAGAAAGUGUUGAAAUCGAUCACGCUUCCAGCGCUGGAUUCCUCUCGCUAUAAGUUCCGAUCGUUCAAAGUGAUGCCACGAUCGCAAAAUGCGCACGCUUACGUCAAUGGUGCUUUUCUUACUAAAUUUGCCGAGGAUGGUGUGACGGUGGAGUCAAUCAAGAUUUGCUUUGGAGGAAUCAAUCCAAAUUUUACUCAUGCUACUGCAACGGAACUGUUCCUGGUAGGUAAAAAUAUGUUCGACGCUGAAAUCAUCCAAGGUACGAUGAACCAGCUAAACAAUGAUAUCCGUCCCGAUUGGGUACUACCCGAUGCGUCUGCUGAGUAUCGUAAAAAUCUUGCGAUGGCACUGUACUACAAAUAUCUGCUCAAUAUAGCACCGGAUGGUACGGUGCUGGUGAAACCAUCGUUCCGUUCCGGUGGUACCGUACUGGAGCGUGCUCUAUCAUCCGGCCAACAGACAUUCGAUACGUACGAGCGCAAUUGGCCACUGACGAAGAACAUUCCGAAGAUUGAGGCACUCGCCCAAACGUCAGGUGAGGCCAAGUUUACCAACGAUUUACCUCCACUACCCGGGGAACUGUAUGCGGCCUUUGUUGUUGCUACCAAACCGCAUACACGCAUUGGGAAAAUAGACGCCACCGAUGCGUUGAAAUAUCCCGGUGUUGUGGCUUUCUACUCUGCGAAGGAUAUUCCCGGUACGAACAACUUCAUGCCAGCCAACCUCGGCAAUCAGGAGGUGGAAGAAGUGUUCUGCAACGGUGAGGUACUGUACCAUGGCCAACCGGUCGGUAUCAUCGUGGCGGAAACAUUCAACCAAGCAAAUCACGCUGCCACGCUCGUUAACAUUCUCUACGAACGUGUGUCCCAGUCGCAACCGGUCUAUCCGACGCUAAAAUCACUCAUUGACAAUCAGUCGAAGAUGCGCAUCUUUGACGAACCACUCACUACCACUCGCCGUGGUUCGAACUAUCGCGUCAAGGUAUCGGCUGCUCGGAAAGUAACCGGACGGUUUGAAAUGGCUGGCCAGUAUCACUACACCAUGGAGACGCAAACAUGCGUGUGCGUACCGAUCGAGGACGGUAUGGAUGUGUACAGCUCGACGCAAUGGGUCGAUCUGUGUCAGGUCGCGAUCGCAUCGAUGCUGAAGGUGCCCGAGAACAGUCUCAACUUUACCGUACGCCGGCUGGGCGGUGGUUAUGGGUCGAAAAUUUCACGUGCCGGUCAGAUCGCAUGUGCCUGUGCGUUGGCGGCCCAUCUACAGAACCGUCCGGUUCGUUUCGUGCUGACGAUCGAAUCGAACAUGAGCUCGAUCGGUAAGCGGUACGGUUGCAUUACCGACUAUGAGGUGGACGUGGAAAGCAAUGGCCGUAUUGUGAAGCUCACGAACAACUACAUGCAGGAUUAUGGUGCUUCGCUGAACGAAUCGGUCGGGGAAGCAACGACCGAAUUCUUCAACAACUGUUACGACACCAAAACGUGGAAGGUGGUCGGUAAGGCGGCCAAAACGGAUGCCCCUAGCAAUACCUGGUGUCGAGCACCGGGUACAACGGAAGGUAUUGCUAUGAUCGAAAACAUUAUGGAGCACAUUGCUUGGGAGUUGGGAUUAGAUCCGUUGGAGCUACGAUUGGUCAACAUGCCGGAAGGUAGCAAGAUGCGCGAACUGGUGCCACAGUUCCGCACGGAUGUGGAGUACAACCAGCGCAAGGCGGAAAUCGACCAGUUCAACGUGGACAAUCGUUGGCGUAAGCGUGGCAUUGCCAUUUCAGUGAUGCGCUAUCCGCUCGGAUACUUUGGUGCGUUGCACGCACUGGUAGCGAUCCAUGCUGGCGAUGGAACGGUUUCAAUUACACACGGUGGCAUCGAGAUGGGUCAGGGCAUGAAUACCAAGGCGGCUCAGGUGGCUGCGUACGUGCUUGGAUUGCCACUGGAGAAGAUAAGCAUCAAACCAACGAACAGUUUGACGUCUCCAAAUGCCAUCGUCACCGGGGGCAGCAUGACCAGCGAGGCAGUGUGCUAUGCCGUAAAGAAAGCGUGCGAAACUCUCCUGGAACGCAUCAAACCCGUGCGCGAUGCGAACAAGAACGUACCUUGGGAAAUCGUCACGCAGCUGUGUUACGCGAGUAAUGUUGAUCUAUGCGCAAGCUAUCAAUAUCGUGCUACGGAACUGAAACCGUACAUCAUCUGGGGAUUAAGCUGUGCCGAAGUGGAGGUAGAUGUAUUGACCGGGAAUGUUCAGUUGCGUCGUGUCGACAUCCUGGAAGAUACGGGAGAGAGCUUAAGCCCUGGCAUUGAUGUGGGACAAAUUGAGGGUGCAUUCGUGAUGGGUGUGGGCUAUUGGCUAACGGAAGCACUAGUGUAUAAUGCGGAGGAUGGUGCACUGCUGACCAACCGUACCUGGACAUACAAACCGCCGGGAGCGAAAGACAUUCCGGUUGAUUUCCGGGUGCGCUUCCUGCAGAAAAGCUCCAACCCCGCUGGAGUGUUACGUUCGAAGGCGACCGGAGAACCGGCCCUAAAUAUGUCGAUUGUGGUGCUCUUUGCCCUACGAAAUGCUCUCCGUUCGGCACGGAAGGAUGCUGGACUGGCAGACGAUUGGAUUCCGAUGGGUACCGCAUCCACACCGGAUCAAGUUCAUCUGCUUGCUGGAAACUCAACCGAACAGUAUAAGCUUAAUUGAUAUCCUGGAUGAGGAUGACACCGUUGCUGGAUUACACUUAUUUUACAUGACUUGGUGCUGGUACAAUAUCUUUAUAAGGAUUUUUAAAGCAAACAAAAAUCUAAAUACAUGUAUUGCUUUGCUUAAAAUACAUUUUUUUUCAUCUGACUGAA